ACCAAGCUGCGUUAUGCAUGUGUGUUUUUGGGGGCGUUUUAAUGUGCGAGUCUUCAGCAGGUGAAGUAAUAAUGUCCUCUGUUCAGGAUUUGAGACAUUUUAUAAACGAGCGGCUGACCGCUGCCGCUGUGGAAAUAUUCUCAGCGUUUGAACAAACUAUCAUCCGAUACGAGGAAGAGACGGAGCGACACCGCAGACUGCUGGAAAACAUCUGGAAACCCGAAUCAGAGCUGCAGCAGCAUCAGGAGGCCAAGCAGCUGCUUUGCAACCAGGAGAGCAACACCAGCCCAGGUGAUCAGGAACCAGAACCUCCGCUGAUUAAAGAGGAACAACAUGAUCUCUUCAGCCAGGAUGGACAGCAGCAUGUACUGAAGCAAGAGGAAGACACUCUCAGUGGACAAGAGUCAGACGGCGACCGGCUCCCAGCGGAGAGGCCAGAGCAUCACGUCGACUCAGGAUCAACUAGAAACAUGCAGCUGAAGUUACUUCCUCCCAUGUCUGAGAGCCAGAGUGACACAGAAGUGUCCCCAAAGUCUGUUACAUGUGACUUCUGUGGAAAAAUGUUCAAGAAACUAUCCACAAUGAAAAGACACCAGAGAAUCCACACGGGUGAGAAGCCGCAUUCCUGUGAAACGUGUGGGAAAGGUUUCAGAGACAGCUCAGUCUUGUUGCGCCACAUGAGAACACAUACAGGCGAGAAGCCGUAUGCCUGUGCGUCAUGUGGGAAAGGUUUCAAAGAUAAUUCUGUCUUGUUGCGCCAUAUGAGGAUUCACACCGGCGAGAAACCGUAUUCAUGUAGGACGUGUGGGAAAAGUUUCAAAGACAGUUCUGCUCUGCUGCGGCACAUUAAGAUUCACAGUGUCGAGAAGCUGCAUGUGAGCAGAUUUGUGGAAAAGAUUUAUUUGCAAAACACGCUUGAGCAGUCACAUGAAGAUUCACACGAGUGAAAAGCCGUAUUCCUGCAAAACGUGUGGGAAAAGUUUCAAAUUCAACUUCAAAUUGGUGUAUCAUGAAAAAAACUCACACCGACGAGAAGUCCUGCUUCUGCGACACCUGCGGGAAAACGUUUACUGAUCCAUCCACGAUCAAAAGGCACACGAGGAUCCACACGGGCGAGAGGCCGUAUUCCUGGAAGAUAUGUGGGAAAACUUUUAGAGAUAAUUAUAAAUUGCUUUGUCACAUGAAAACUCACACAAGCGGGAAGUUAUGUUGAAAUGUCUGCAGUGAAAGAAACAUGCUUUAUGUGCUCAUACAAGCCAAUAGGAGAUUUUCUUUCAUGACGUCACCUGGGAAAUCACCACUUCCUCUGAUUGUUGAAAAGCUGCAUGAUAUGAUACCUGUAAAAUGUUUUGUGAGCUGAUAUCAUACAGAGUAAUACGCAGCUAAUUAAAUGUGAUUUUCAUCUUUUGUCAGACUCCGCCUACAUUUUGAGAUGCACCUUUGAAUGUACCGACAAUCACUGAACAACUCCCAUUCUGAAGAAAUCUUUAAAACUUUCAAAAACAUGCACUAUUAGAGGGUGGUGCAGUAUUUUAUAUUUUUAAAUUGUGAUAUAGGUUUUCCUGAAUUACAGAAUGUAUAUCUUGUUCAGAUUUGUGUGGGUUUUUU